CGCACCGUUCGACCCGCCCGGCGCCUGUCACGCCAUGAUACUCUGAUGACACUCCUAUGACUGUCUGGAGGAGGUGCGGAGCCCUUAUUCUCUAUUACCACGUCUAAUAUCGCUCUCAUUCCGUGAUUCCUGCUUCCUCCUUCACAUUCAACUCACACCAUCUUUCGAUUCUCUUGGUACGCUGCUGCGCAGCCUCUGGACCUUCGUUUUUUGUUAAUCAUUCCUUACGAUACCCUCCAGACCAACCCAAGUCAAGAAUAAUCACCGUCUUUCACGAAGAUAUGCAACUUAGAUCAGCUCUUCUGAGCGGCUUCUUAAUAUUCUCGGCCUCUGCCCAAGUCACCGCUGCGUCAUUAGCUGGCAACAUCAUCCAUGCUGUCAACGGUCUGAACCAGAGGGCCAGCACCUCGGACGACGCGAUACGCAAUCAUGUCGACUCCAUCUUCUCUUCUCUUCACAUCCGGGACGACUCAGCGGCAUCGGACCCCAUCAACCAAGUCAACAUGAGCAGCUGGAACUCGCAAACAAGCAAAGCCUGUGGAUCUGCGGUAGCCUCUCUGAUCAGAAAAGCCAACAAUCCAUCUGGCAUAGGCGUAUGCUACAAUCUUCCUUUCUUCGAUAACAGCUCGGGCAUCUUUGAGGCCGAGCUACGCAUGUACAACCUCACUGCUCCUUGGGAUCCAUGGACUGGAGUUACAUCGAAGGAUAUAAGCAUGACCUUGAGCUUUGAAGGUGCGAACGUUCAACAAGCCAAAGGAAUGCCGACGACGAGAAAGAGAGACGAGGAUGGAACCCUGCUAAGUUGGCCGUUUCUUAGGGAACGGAGUGCUGGUUUGGAUGAUAUCCUGACACGAAGAGCUCCGGGGCCUCAAGAGAUCAAGGUCCUGAUGUAUGUUGGGCAAAUCAACCGCGACAGGAUAGACGAGGCACUUUCAGCCGAACAAUUCCAGAACAUCUUAACACCACACAUUUCCUUUGCGGCACGCUCCCCUCUCACCAACCAGGAGCUCAAUACUACCCUUUCGAAUGCACACAACACCAUUUCUUACGUCAGCGGCAUCUUCUCCCAGAAAUCUACCGCCGACAUAACCAAUGGCGGUGCGGAUGUCGAUGCUGAUACCGCAAUCUCUUUUCUAAUUCCUGGUUACCGCCUUCCCCCGCUGGACAUACCUGGUCUGACAAUACCCUUCGAUCUCAUAUUCCCGACUGGUUUGAUCAUCACCCUUAUUUGGACUUUUCUCUUCAUCGUGGCGGUAGGAUGGGGUACGUUUGGGAGGAUCAGGUUCAGGGACCAGUAUAGGAGAAGAGUUCAGAUGGAUGCCGCUGUUGGAAUUAGGACGAUUUGAUGUGGUUUAUGGGUUUGCUGGUAUGGGCAUGAGAAUGAAAAUAAAUAGGUAGAACCGGCU